UUUUGAACCUUUUUUUUUAUUGCAUCCGCGCGUGGAAAAACCUGACCUUUUAUUCUUUUGUUCCUUUUUCAGCUUAAGUUCCCUUUUCCCACUCUUCAAUCCACCCAGCGACUCAACAACGACUUAACUAAAAUGCAAGUCGCACCACCGUCGAUAUUGCAUCCAGCAGAUGCUCCAGUAACCCCUCCGUCGUCCCAGGAAAAAUCAUUUGACGAUAUACCAUCAUCCCCUACCGACGUGUCUCGACACUUGGCGUCAUUAAAAACAAGGCUCGACUUUGCAUGCUUCAAACUGCACCAUGGAUGGGAGAGCAGCACACUAUUUGACGUCGAAAUGAUGUGGAAGAAGAAGCAACGUCAAAUGUACAGCGAGAUCCCCAGGCCUCGCGUCACGCAACAGGAUAUCCUCGACAAACGCGCACAAGUGCCUUCCGCGAGGACCAGCAAAGCGAAACGCGCGCGUUUGACGCGUACCCUAUCCGCCCCAUCACCUCCACCUGCGCAUCACACCUACAAGAAGCGAAAGAGCCAGCAGUUGCCUCGACGACGCGAGCUUAUUUCGCAGCCAAUGGAGAUACGACCGCGUCAAAUACAGCCCCGACCUCCACGGGAUCCCUACCGCUUCUACCACCCUGGUGACAAGGAGCAAAAACGUUUAGAACGAGCUACGAGAGUGGAGCAGCAGCAACAACCUUAUUAUGAUCACGAUCAUACACAGAAAGAGCAGCAACCAUCGCUUGAAGAGAGAUUGGAACGGGAACAGAGCGAGGAACAAGAAGAGGAGGAUGAAACACAAGAUAUGGAAAGCACUACAACGGCGGAAGAAGAACGAAUGUGCCCUCAGCAUGAGCAAGAGGAACAUGAACAACAAGAGCAACAGCAACCAAAGAGCUCGCUGGACUUCUUGUCGUAUGCGAUUGCAAUGACAGAGGGCGAUCAAGAUACAGGUGGGUUAAGUGCGGUUGGUUCUUCGUCGUCGCAGCCUCAGCCUGACCUCAGCAACAUUGAACCCAAUGAGUUUGACGACGAGCGGGACGGUGGCAACAGUAGUCAAACACGGACCACACUACUUCGAAGACCCGAUUGGGAUGGUCGUACGCAGAAGAAACCGGCCUCAGCAUUUCACAGUGUUACCAAUGAUGAUCGAUUUUCUGGAGGCGAAACCGAAAGUGAUGAACCCAGCCCGCCCAGCUCUCCGGUUGCUGCUGCUGCCCAUGCCAUCAUGAUGUUUGUGAAUGAUCAUUACUCCAGAAGCAGCAAAGACCGCGUGUACCAUAACAACAACAACAGUCAUACCGAUCAUCAUUGAAUGUAACCCAGCACCCCCCCCCUUCUCCUCCUUACUUCUACAUAUACACUCUCUAUCAAACAACACCACAUUGUCAUUAUUCUCAAUUGUCACCUUCUUUCACUAAACUACAAGUACAUCAUCACACUAUUCACGCACACACGCUCUGUUUACUUACCUAACUUUUUCUUUUCUUUUGUUUUCUGUUCUCUUUCUUUUUCAAGUAAUACCUUUUUUACUUACACACGUCUUGUACAUAUUCCACGAAUAAAUUACUUGAUCUUCUCGUUCAGACAUACGCUUGAGAUUGCAU